CAAAACUUCAAUUUAUAAAAUCUGAUUUGAAUACUUUUUGUUUGAAUUUAUCCCAAGCGUUUAUUAAUGGUAUGUAUUGUGAAUAUGACCGAAACCGACGCAACGAAACUACCUUUGCUGAUACCAGACAAGUUUGUACCGUACUUGGAGAAAUAUAGAAUUUACAAACUUUUUAAAGAUAUGGUACAAGACCUGGUGAUUAACUUGCCUCAAGACCAUUUGAAACAUAUGAAAGUUUUCCUCAACCAUCGUAUACUCAGCGGGAAAGACGCCGACCGUGUCAUUAUUUUAGUUUCGCCUGAACUCGACAUUGAUAUAAACGUUAUCGCUAAAGAUCUAAUAAAAGAUCUUGGCUUCUUCGUCAUCACUCGGCGCUGCGUGAUGGACCGCUACGAAAAGAGCGAUAACUACGUGCCUGGUUGCAUUUCACCCGUGAGGAUGGCAGAAGUUACCAAAUCUCUGACGAUGACAAAUCAGGUUGCGCAAAGCGGUUGGCUCAUGUUUGACCAUCCGUGCACGCUGCGCGAGGCGCGCUGCCUGCAGCAGCUGGGGGUACUGCCGACUAUGACGCUGGUUCUUACCCCGCCACCGCCGCACGCCCCCCGCACUGAUCAUCCCCACACCGCAAGGCGAUCUUUCUUUGACCAGGACUUCGAGGCACUCAAGUUUGCCUACAAGGCUACCUUGAAGGAGAUAUACGUGAACCCUCGUGAGGAUGCAAAGUGUAUAGAGAUGAAAUGCGUGCGGGGCAUCCGCGCUACGGCGGCGGGUGCGCACUCCGGUGCACGCUCGCUGGCCACGGUAGGCGCGCCCGGCAACUACCGAGUGCUGCUGAUAGGCCCGCGUGGUUGCGGACGCCGCCUGCACGCCGAGGCACUCGCUGACCGCUUCGGACUCGUACACUUGCACUUUAAUGAUCUCCAUAACGAGGCUAAGGAAGGCGACGACGAGAUUGGUGAGAAGUUGCGUAAUUUCGGACUGAGCACACGAUUGAGGGCUGAUAUUGUGAGGCGACGCUUAGCUAAAAAGGACUGCAUAGAUAACGGUUGGGUCCUCACCGGUUUUCCAACUUGCGGUGCUGAUUUUGAAAACUUGGACAACAUGCCCACGCCACCGAAUAGGAUAAUAUUCCUGAACGCGGAAUGGCAGACGUGCAAGACGCGCGUGUUGUCGCGCGGCGUGGACUGGUGCAGCGGCCAGCCCGCGCCGCUCGGCUCCGGUCCGCGCGUGCUCGUCCACCCUGAAGACGAUGAGGCCGCGCUUGACGCAGAGUUGGACACGUAUUUUACGGAGACGUUGGCAGAACUGCGCGCAGCUGCUGGUAUUAACGCUGAAGAAGUGGACGCAUCUAAACCAAUCGAUCAAGUGCAGGUAGAAAUCCAGGCAGCGAUCAUGGCGUCGCCAGCCUUCAACAUGGAGUUUGGAUCGCAGUUGACCAACAAUGUGCGCGGCGAUUAACCUCCAAAUAUUUAUUAAUUGGGUUUAAAUAAAAACCAAGCUUUAUCUUAUUAAAAAAUCUUUUUAUUUAUGUACUCCUCCGUACUUCAUUGAAAAUUAUUUAAAUUACUACAUAAUUAAUUACGAGCUAACAAUUUAUUCAGCAGUCUCAAAACAAUUAUACAGUAUAGAACACAGAGGUAGGUCGCCGAGAACUAGCAGACAUACAUAGGGUUGUGCAAACAGACGGGACCCAUUGAGAAAAAAA